GCAACCCUGGAUUGAAAAGCAGGAAGUAUUCGCACACAGAGGCUGGGGGGAGGUAAGGGGUUGGAGGACUGGAUGAAAAAGGGAACUUCCUAUUCCAGCAUCUCUGUGCUCAUUUCUGUAGCCCGCUGCCGCCGCUUGGGUUUACGGUUGCAGGUUCCUCCCGAGCAUCCAAAGAGGCAGCUCUGUAUCCCAUGUGGAUCCCAUCCUGCCCCACCGCCAGCUUCUACAGGCUGCUACAUGGGGAUAAGCCAACCACCUGGGCUGCCAGGGGGAAAGCAGGUAAUGGAAAUAUGAGUGAAAAUGAGGAGACACAAUUCUUGCAGGGAGGUCCUGAGAAUUCCAAAGGUCAUGAAGUGUUCUGUGAAUUGUUUACCAUGGAUGCAUCUCAAAGUCCUGGCUUGGAAAUGGUGUGUGAGAGCAAGGAAGAACAUUCUUCAGAGGAGGGGCAAGACAAGGCCACCCGUUGCGAAAGAGGGUUCAGGAAACGGAAGGACACUGUUGUUCACCAAAACAUUCUUCCAGGAGAGAAACCAUAUAUCUGUAUUGAAUGUGGACAAAGCUUUAAUAGGAGCUCAGACUUGGUCAGACAUCAGAGGAUUCACACAGGAGAGAAGCCGUAUGUGUGUGGGGACUGCAGAAAGUGCUUUAGUCGGCACUCGCACCUCAUUCAGCACCAGCGGAUCCACACAGGGGAAAGGCCGUACAAGUGUAAAGACUGUGGGAAAACCUUUAGCCAGAGCACACACCUUGUCCAACAUCAGCGCAACCACUCUGGAGAGAGGCCUUAUGUGUGUGGCAAAUGUGGACGACACUUCUACCAGAAUUCGGGUCUCCUCCGGCAUGCCAACUGCCACAUGGGGCAGAAACCAUACAGAUGCCCAGACUGUGGGAAACGUUUCAGUGAUCAUUCUAACCUUGCGGCUCAUCAGAGACUGCACACAGGUGAGAAACCCUACAAAUGCCCUGACUGUGGUAAAUGUUUCAGCGAGAGCUCCAAGCUCUCCAUUCACCACCGGACUCAUACUGGAGAGAAGCCUUACAUGUGUUCAGAAUGUGGGAAAAGCUUCAGUCAGGGGUCACACCUUAUACAGCAUCGCCGGACACACACAGGUGAAAAGCCAUAUGAGUGCUCUGAAUGCAGGACUAGCUUCAGUGACAGGUCCACCUUGAUCAGACACCAGAGGACCCACUCUGGUGAGAAGCCCUUUAAGUGCAUACAGUGUGGGAAGAGCUUCAGUCGUAAUGCCUACCUCGUUGCACACCGGAGAAUGCAUAAGUGAAGUUGCAAGUUGACAAACUGAAAGAAGAGAAAUCUUAUCCAUAGCAGAUGAUGAUCGGCUGUUGAAGUCAGUGCUGCAGAUGUGGCUGAAUCCAGGAAUUCAGUUGAGUCCUUUGUCAUAAAGAUUUUGUCUGGUAGGUGACACGAUCAUACGACAGGAGAGUCCUGAUGCCUCACAUGUUCUCCGCCAUUAUUUAGUGGAUACCACAGGCAGUCUGUAAUUUGAUGAUGCAGUCUUUGAUUGCUUCACAUUCACAAAGUGAAGAACAGAAAAGAUCACAGUGAAGAAGGAAAUGUAUGUUUUGUGAGCUUCAAAGUAGAUGUUGACUGGAAUAUCUUGAAGUACAGUAUUGUUAAUGCUACAUAUUUUUUGUAAAGAAGGGCAGAACAAAUUAAACAAAU